AUGCUCUCCGCAUUCACGGCUCGCCCCAUCAUCGAGCUUAAACUGCGCGAUAAGUCUAAGAUAGAAACAAUAUUAGCCUAUGGCGACCGCGUUCUUGUUGGGCUAAACACGGGCUCUUUGAGGAUUUACCGCCUGAACGACCUAUCACAAUCUACUACCACCAACGGUACACAUCCUCCAACUAGCCCACAGCGAGAAUCGAAUGGAAGCUCUAGUCGAAAUCCUACAGACCUUUUACGUGAAGUAGAGAAGUUCUCCACUCGCGCUAUCGAGCAACUUGCCAUCAUCAAAGAGUCUAAUACUAUCGUUUCCCUCUCCAACUACUAUGUCUCCCUUCACGAUCUCCAAACUUACGAAUUAAUCGAAACGAUACCGCGAACCAAGAGUGCCACCUGCUUUGCUGUCACCAGCAACAUCGUCAAGGAUGCUGCAACUGGUAUACCCGAGAUUAUUAGUCGUCUCGCUGUAGCUGUGAAACGGCGACUCCUGCUGUGGAGCUGGCAUGAAAGCGAGUUGCAUGACGAGGUUACUGAGAUUAUGCUUCCCGAAUCCAUCAGGACUCUUACCUGGGCAAAUGCGACCAAGAUCGUUUGCGGCAUGAAUGCAGGAUACGUACUGGUUGAUGUGGUUACUUUGGAAACGCAAGAGAUCGUGGGACUAGGUGCCGCUGCGACCGGAGGGCAGGGUAGCAGGUUCGGCGCAGCGAGUAUGGGCUAUAUGGGGCUCGGAGGUUACAUGCCAAAACCGCUAUCUACGAGGCUAGCCGAGGGGCAAAUGUUGCUUGCAAAAGACAUCAACUCGUUAUUCAUCGAUAUGGAUGGAAAGCCUUUAGAGAAGCGUCAGGUACCGUGGCAGAGCGCACCCGAGAGUAUUGGGUACAGCUACCCUUACAUAUUGGUCCUCCAGCCGCCCAUCAAAGGCACAUUAGAAGUGCGGAACCCGGACACCUUGAGUCUCCUACAGACGAUAGAGCUCCCCGGAGCGGCGCAGUUACAUUUUCCUCCACCGACUGUUAGUCUCGCCCACGCUGGCAAGGGAUUCCAUAUAAGCAGUGACCGUGCUGUAUGGAAAAUGGAGGCUACAGACUAUGAUACUCAAGUCAAGGAACUGAUAGACAAGGCCAAUUAUGAUGAAGCUAUAAGCGUGCUCGGCAUGCUUGAAGAUGCACUGUUGAAGGAUAAAACCGGCACCAUGCGUGAGGCCAAGAUGCUGAAAGCGGAAGUACUAUUCAAGAAAAGGAAAUUCGCAGAAAGCUUGGCAUUAUUUAAUGAGGAUGAAGUGCACGCGCCUGCUCAGAGGGUGCUGAGGUUGUACCCUAGGAUAAUUGCUGGCGACCUCUCUGCUGAACCUACACAAGAGGAAACGUCAGAGGAGGAAGAAGAGCAAGAAGAGGAUGAAAAAAUCAACGGCGACAAGGCCCCCAAGAGCGAUAUGCCUGCCGAGGUCGCAUCCCCGUCUAAACCGGGCGCCUUCGCAAAGUACUGGAUGGGACACCGCAAAACAGAUUCUGAUACAGCGUCCAUCGCAUCCUCUAAAAAGGGUGGGACUGACAAUGAAGAUGCCGCAAGCGUGAGGAUUAAGCCAAAGAAGAGGAAGGGCACGGAUGAGGAUGGGCCGUUAGAAGGAAAAGACUUAGUCAAGGCCGUUCGCGAACUCAACGGCUACCUGGCUGGUACCAGAGCUCGUCUACAGCGAUGGAUCGACCCGGCAACUGGGAAGCUGAAACGGCGCAAGACAGAAGCUAACCUCGACUCUAUGAUAAACUUACAUGAGAACCUCGACGUUCUACUUACAAACUCCCACUCGGAGUCUGAUGAGCAACUUGAACACGAGCUGAAGCAAACCUUUACCCUGGUUGAUACAGUACUAUUCCGUGGGUUAAUGUUUGUUACCCCGACGCUUGCUGGCUCUCUCUUCCGCAUCCCGAACUUCUGCGAUCCCGCAGUAGUAAACGAGCAUUUGCUUAAGCAUAACCGAUAUAAUGAGUUAGUUGAUUUUUUCUACGGGAAGAAGCUCCACCGCGAGGCGCUCACUCUCCUUCGCAAGUUCGGUAAUGCGGAAACCGAGGGGGAGUCAGCUAAGCUUGACCUUAAUGGGCACGUGGACGUCGAAGUCGUUAUACCUGAACAGCUCCGGGGUUCGCAGAGGACAGUCGGCUAUCUACAGAGUCUACCACCGGAGAUGAUCGAUAUCAUUCUCGAGUUUGCUGACUGGGUCCUGCGGCGGGAUCCCGACCAAGGCAUGGAGAUUUUCUUAGCAGAUAGUGAAAAUGCCGAGACCUUACCGCGUGAAAGGGUUGUCCGGUAUCUCGGCGCUAUAGACGUCAACCUGGAAAUCCGGUACUUACAACACAUCAUCACGGAGUUGGAAGACGGCACGCCAGACUUUCAUAACCGGUUAGUAGAGCUAUUGAUCCACGCACUAAAAGAAGGCGAGCGAGACGAAGCCUGGAGUGAGAAGCUGGAUAGUCUAGUGGCAUUCCUGAAAGCAAGCCAGCAGUACAGUCUUAGCAAAGCACUAAGCAUAAUUCCUCGUGAUGAUUCUGCAUUUUACGAAGCUCGGGCUAUAGUAUUUAGCAACAUGGGCUCACACAAGCAAGCACUGGAGAUCUACGUAUUCAAUAUGCAGGACUAUACUAAAGCAGAGGAGUAUUGCAAUCACAUUCACGCGCUACCUAGCUCUCGCCGGGAAUCUUUUGCCGCGUCGUUGUCUGUGGACGACGAAGAUCGCGACCCCGACUCAAAGCCGUCUAUCUACCACAUGCUUCUCUCGCUAUACCUUAAUCCACCGGCACCUAACAAGCCAAAUCUAGGCCCAGCCCUGGCGCUCCUUUCGAGACACGGUUCGCGUCUACCGGCAGAAUCAACUUUGUCCCUUAUACCAGACGACUUGCCCGUGACGGGGCUAGAAUCGUACUUCCGAGGCCGGAUCCGCGCAGCUAAUAGCGUGGUAUCGGAGUCGCGCAUCAUUGAGGGGCUUCGAAAAACGCAGCUCAUCAAUACCCAGGCGUUGCUACUACUCGGCGACGGUAUCUCCGGCGGACAGAGCGGGCGCAGCAGGAAGGUUGUCAUCGGCGAGGAGAGGUCGAAGAGCGAAAUCGAACUAUUAUAUCAUCGGGGCAGGGGGUAUUUUCGGGGUCCGAGCGGUUGGUUCGUCGAGGCAGAGGGAAUGGACCAUGUCGCAUAUAUCGAAGGCGCGCAGGUGUUCCGGUUCAUUUAG